UAAGGAACUCUUCAACUGGUAACUCCAGAGUAAGCGCUCGUCACUGUUGAAGAGAAUGCUGCAUCCGCGUUGAAUCAAAUUUUGAUUUAGGUGCCUUUUGGUUAAUGUUUUAAAUAACAGCUUUUGAUCCAUGGAAGGAAAGGUAUGUGAAUCUUCUUCAAAAUGAAGAUAGUGAUGAUGAUGAUGAGGUUUAUUCACAAUCUGCAAGUGAUGAAGAGGAGCUUGCCUUUUUAUCUGCUUCCAUGCCCAAGUUGCAGUUCAGGAAUGUGAAAUCCAAAGGCAAAUGGAAUGAAGAGAUGGGAAUGGCUGAACUCAUUGAGAAGAGUGGCAAGAUGUGGGUAACAACUGGAAUAGUUCGCGGUGGCAAGACUUAUUUUUCAAUUGAGGAGACUUUGUAUCUCAUGGAACUAGAAGCCUUACAUCUUUUAGAUAAUAGUGAUGGAACUAUAUCUCUAAUAGAAAUGUAUGAAAAGGUUGCUGUCAGGAAGAGUGGAUGUUGUUGGGAGCUGUUUGAGGUUUACAGGCACCUCAAGUCUCUUGGUUACAUAAUCAGCCGGCAUGGUGUUGCUUGGAGUUUGAAGAGUAUUAGAAGCUCUCAUAAGGCUAUUGCUCUUGAAGGCACAGAAGAAAGCAGUCAACUAGAAGAAAUGGGUUCCUUAGUUGAGCUUUCCAUUAAUAAGUCAUUUGGUGAGUUGAACAUUGAUGAUUUGAAGCCAGAUUUUGAUAUUUAUCUUCCAAACAGCAGGUUUAGAAAGUCUUCUCCUGGUGAUCCAAAUUUUCUGCUGUACUUGUCCAGGGGUCAACCACCAUCUAGAGCAGAAAUUGAAGCCCUUGAGAGACAAUGUGGUGACAUUCCUUUGAAAAUCUGCCUGGUCACGGAGGGAAGGCUAAGUUUCUUUUCCUUUGACAAGGUGGAACUUCCUGCUCUACCCUGAACUUUUGGUACCAACCCUAUAUUUUCACUCUAUGCUCAAAGGGAAAUGUGGCUAAGAUAAGAGAAUAGCUUGUAGGAUCCAAUGAUGUGCAAAAAACCUGUUGAAGCUGUACCUUGUGCUGCCAAUGGACUCAGAUUAAAACCAGUGCUUGAUUUUGAUCAAACUGAUCAUGAUCAUGUUGCAGGUGCAUGUUAUUGUUGACCAUAACAAGAAACUGAAGAUAAUGGUUUAACAAUACAUGCUGAAGUUUAUAAUGUAUUCAGUUGGGUGGAUGAUGAUAUACUAUAUGAUUUAUUAUUAGAGUAA